AUGCUAUCCUCAGAAGAACACAAAGAACCACCCCCAUACUCCGAAGCAGUAAACAAUCACAUCCAAAGGCCAAGUCAGCCUCCAUUCGCAUGCCUAAGUAUAAGCGCCUACGACCGCUUCAGACUCAUCGGGUUCCCGCAGCCAGUGGUAACUGCAAUCCACGCCAUUAUACGUGACACCUGGGCCAAAGGCCUCGACAGCAUUCAGUCCGUGGCGGGCGCGCAGGAGAUCAAACUCAAUGGGACGCCGUGGAUUCCUAAUAUAAAGGGUGAUGAUGAGUCGCGGAAACUUAUACUAGUCGUUGUGGAGAAGCUGUAUACUAUGGGCUGGGUGACUUGCUCGCUCUUCUUUCGCAAACUAUCACCACCGCCACCAGCACAGUUCAUAGUAGUGUCGUUUGACCACCUGAAUAAACUCAAAAUUGUGGGCGAUGUACCCCCGAAUCUUGGUGAUACCCUCGUCAAGACCCUUGGUAUUCGCGUAUCAAGUCAGGAAGUAUCUGGCGAUAGGGUGAAAUUGAAAAUGCAUGGGAAUACAUGGCUGGCGGCGGGUGAAGAUGCUGUCCGCUCGCAGUUCCUGGUCAUGAGUGUGUUGGAGGUCUUGGACGGGUUUGGGUUUAGAGUGUAUACGGCGGUGGAGACGCAGAAUGGGCAUUCGGGGUAUGAGAUGGAGAGUCUAAUAUGCUUGAGGGAGAUGUGA